CACACGGUCUAUAUCAGCCAAUGUCACCCACGGCCUGACCAUGAGGCUUGAGACGCCUCGACCAUACCCAAGCCCUCGCUCAAACAGCACUUGAAUCACCCGAAGCGCCCACGACACAACGCAACCCCCAACACCGCAGCAGCCAUGGAUGCGACACCGCCGGCGCUGGAGUCCGCGCUGUUGCGCUGGCUCAACAGCUUUGAGCUCACCCAACCCGUCACUGCUUGGAGCGAACUUGCCGACGGUCAGACCCUCUGGCAGGUUCUGACCGAUAUCGACCCUGAGUUCUUCAACGGCGGCCUGCCCGAAGCGGACGCGAAGUCGACGGACAACUGGAUACCAAAAUGGCAGAACACGAAACACAUCGAUCGUGCCAUAACAGCCUACCUGCGGGACGAAUGCGACAAGGAAGUCUUCUCCAAGACCCUCACCCCUGACCUCAAGGCCAUCGCCAUCGAUGGCUCCAAGCCAGAGACGAUCAAGCUCGUCAAGGGCGCGCUGCUCGCGGCCAUGUACUCCCCCAAGUCGAAUCAACGUAUGGUUGGCAUAAUGUCUGAGCUAGGAGCAAGCGUUGCUGGACCGAUAGCAGAUAUGAUCGGCGAUAUGCAGGCUGCGGCCCAGAAGUUCGACGAGGCCCACGCUGAGCAGGAAACCCGCCUGGACGAAGAUGUGUCCACCGACUCCGAACCCUCGCACGAUCUGGUUUCUCGCGAUCCCGAACUCGAGCGUGAGGAACAGCUGAUUAGGGCUAGUCAACACCAGAAACGGAUCGAAGCCCAGUUGGCGCAGAUCACGAAAGAUCUCGAGGAGAAGAACAGACACAUCUACAGACUCGAGGAAGAGCUGGCCGAAUCGAAACUGGAGAUCGGUCGCAGAGUCCGCCGGGCUUCCGAUGACGACGAAACGGUUCAACUCAAACUGCAGACUCACAGAGAUCGCGACUACAUCGCCCAAUUGGAAUCCGAUCUUGCCGAAACCAAGAACAUCCAGGAGAGCCAACAACGCGCUCUGGAGCGUCUGCGCGCGGAUGAAACCACCAAGCAGGAGCUCCGCGACGAGCUUCAGCUCACCAAGUCUGAGCGUGAUGAGUUCUCGCAGAAGGCUAAAGCCAACGAGAAUCUCAAGAAGAAGAUCCAGUCGCUGCAAGAGCAGCAGAAGGCUGAUCAGGCGCUUCGCGAGGAAUUGUCUGCGGCGCAAGAGCAGCUGCAAGAGCUGGAGCAUCUCAGAGAGCACGUCUUGGCUCUCAAGAAAGCCAAUGAGGAAAACAUGGAGACUAUUGCCAACGGCGAGCAGGAAAUCUUCGACCAGAAGACUGCUAAGAAGAGGCUGGAACAUGAGCUGAAGGUCAUUACUCAGCGCUUUGAGCAGUCUCGGGACAUGGCUACCCGCUACCAAGAGGCGAAUAUGGAGCUUGAGAGCAAGCUGCGCGAGGUGGAAGACAGCAACGCGGGUGCUGAGGCCCUGGGCUCAUUGGAGGAGCAACUCGGUAAGGAGGAGACCGACGAUGCGUCCAAGGCAAACCGCAAGUCCAUGAUGUCUCUGAUUGGCGGUGAGGGUGCCGAUCUCAUCCUGCUGCAGCAGAAGGUCGAUCUCCUUCAGGCCAGGUGCACGAGAGUCGAAGAGAAGUACCUCGACGUGUACCAGGAAAACCUCGGACUCCAGGCGGCCAUUCAGGACGAAAAGGCGAAGCAGGAGGAUCCUUUCGUCUACCAGGCCAACAAGCUUCAUGCUGCUGAGGCCGAAAUCAAGGAUCUCACCAACAAGGUCCAUGCCAUCUCCACGAAGAACAUGGAGCUGCAGCACAGCCUUGCUGAGAUUUCCGGCACUAACCAGACGGAGGGAGCAUCUGGCGCUGACCACAAGGCACUGAAGGACAACUACGAGGCAUUGCUGACAACACACGAAGAGCUUCAGAAGCAUGCAGAUAAGAUCGAUUCGGAGUUGGAUGACCAGAAGGCUCUGCUCCGUCACCGUCUCCUCGACCCCAACGCGCUUCGUCACGAGGACGCCGAGGCCAUGCGCUCCAACGAAUUCAAGGUUCUCAUGGAGCAGCUUCAAGUUUUCCGGGAAGCUUCGGACGAGGAGGCGGCCCAGAUGAAGGCUGUGAUUGCCGCCGAGGUUUCCAAGAAGCUCGAGACGGGCAACGCGGAGAUUGCGGCGCGCGAAAAGCAAAUAGAGGACCGCGAUGCGAUCAUCAGCAAGCUCAAGAAGGACGCAGAACGUCUCAAGAAGGAGGCAGGUGACAAGGCUUCGAUCGACGCGCACAAAGAACUGCAAGCCCUACAGCGCGAGAACCGCCUCAUCACCGGGGCAUGGUACGACAUUGCCUCGCGCCUGCAAUCCAACACCGUCGUCCUGCAGCGCAAGGCCGAAGUCUCACGCAGCUGGAUCGGACGACAGCGCGCCGAGGUGGGCCGCGCGGGUGGCCCGGUACGUCAACAUUUCGAUCUUCCCAUCGCCCUUUAAGCGUAAUUCCGCAUCUUUUUUUCCGUCUUUAUUGCUGCAAGGGCGUCGUCGGGUUCUUGUACGGCAGGGAUGGGCGCUUGUUUCUUGUG